CAGUCAACUCCCCUCCUCAUACGCCCAAACUCUUCUUCUUCUCUGCCACAAAUUUCCACCACCUUCUCUUCUUCUCUUUCUUCUAUGCCUCCUAGACUCUUACUACUGCACCAACCUGAAAACACAUAACAUAACCAAUGUUUCAUUCUCAUUCACAGCUCACAAUGGCAAGGUACUCUUGUUUCUUCCACUUCUUGUUGUUUUGUUAUUCUCUUAUUAUUCCUGUGGCCUUGUCUGAACUAUCCUCAACCCAAAAAACCACCAUGAUCAAUAUCUCCAAGAGUCUAAACAGUUCAGGUAGCAGUGUUCCAUGGAACAUCAACACUGAGCCAAACCCAUGUCUAUGGAAAGGAGUCGAGUGCGAUCCACCCACCAACUCAUCCGUAAUCCAUAUUACCCUGUCCAAGUUUUCUCUUUCUUCCUCAGAUUUCCUCCCAGUUCUAUGCCAGCUUGGGUCUUUGCAGAUUGUUGAUGUGUCGGAAAACCGUCUGAGCACAAUCCCAUCUGGGUUUCUCACAGCUUGUGGGAACAUAGAUGGACUGAAGCUACUCAAUUUCAGUUUCAACAAUCUGGCCGGUUCUUUACCUGACUUUACUGGUUUUGUUGGGUUGGAGUCGUUGGAUCUUUCUCAUAAUAAGAUGAGUGGAGCCAUUGAAUCAGACUUGGGUGGAUUGGUUAGGCUUAGAAGCUUUAACCUUGGCUUCAACCAUUUCAGUGGGACUAUCCCUACUCAACUUGGGAAAUCCAUGCUCUUGGAGGAGCUUGUGCUUUCUGCCAAUACAUUUCAAGGGAGAAUUCCAAGUGAAAUUCUGGGCUACGGUAAUUUGACUCGGAUUGAUUUCAGCGCAAAUAAUCUUUCUGGUUCAGUUCCUGAGAAUUUUGGAGUGCUGUCCAAGUUAGAGUUUCUGAUACUAUCUUCCAAUAGCUUGAGUGGCAAAAUCCCACAAAGCCUUUCUAAUAUUACAAGCCUCAGGCGGUUUGCAGCGAAUUCUAACAAGUUUGGAGGAGCAGUUCCUGGUGGGAUUACAAAACAUCUCCAGAAUUUGGACCUGAGCUACAACAGCUUAAGUGGGAUGCUUCCAUCAGACCUUUUGUCUCCAUCGAAUUUAAAUUUAGAGACCGUGGAUUUGUCUAAUAACUUGUUGCAGGGAUCAAUACCCACGCCUCUGUCUCCGAAUCUGGUUCGGUUGAGAUUGGGAAACAAUUCACUUGUUGGGAUGAUACCUUCUGCAACACUCCAGAACUUGGUAUACUUGGAACUGGAAAACAACAAGCUGAAUGGACCCAUACCUCCUGAACUGGGUUCUUGCAGAAAAUUGGCACUGUUGAACUUGGCUCAGAAUGGACUAAUUGGGGCUUUGCCGCCGCAGUUGGGGAACCUCACUGAGCUACAAGUGUUGAAGCUUCAAUCUAACAAUCUUGGUGGAGAAAUCCCAACUCAGAUUACUAGACUACCGAACCUAUCUGUUCUGAAUAUUAGCUGGAAUGCUCUGAGUGGUUCAAUACCAACAGAAGUUUCAAAGUUGCAGAAGCUUAUCAACAUGAACUUACAAGGCAACAAUCUCAGUGGUUCCAUCCCAAACACUAUUGCCACCAUGAGUUAUCUGUUGGAACUCCAACUUGGUCACAAUUUCUUGAGUGGUGACAUUCCGAGGAUGCCAACAUCUUUGCAGAUUACUCUGAAUCUCAGCAGCAACCGUUUUGAAGGACCAAUUCCUACCCAUCUUUCCAGUCUAACUGGAUUAGAAAUUUUGGAUCUAUCUAACAACAAGUUCUCAGGUCAGAUACCCUCAUUUUUUACUAAUCAAUUGGCAGCAUUGACACAGUUGAUACUAUCUAACAAUCAGCUUUCUGGAGUUAUUCCAAGCUUCAAUUCUCGGGUCAUAGUCAACACAACUGGAAAUUCGGGUUUGAUCAAUGCAACAACACCCUCAAUAGCAAAGAAACGAAAUUCAAAGGCAUUGCCAAUUGCUCUUGCAGUUGUAGCUGCUGUUGUUGCUAUUGUAGCCAUUGCCAUACUUGCUAUAUCACUAUCACGGCACAGUUACAGGGUUAAUGAUGAACAAGUCGACUCAGGGGAAGAUCUUCCUCGUCCUGAGGUCCUCCAAGAUAGUCUCUUAACUGCCAACGCAAUUCACAGAUCAAGUAUCGAUUUCACUACAGCCAUGGAAGUAGUAUCUGACCCCUCAAACAUUGAGCUGAAAACUAGGUUUUCAACUUACUACAAAGCCACCAUGCCGUCCGGAUCAAGUUAUUUUGUCAAGAAACUGAACUGGACUGACAAGAUAUUCCAACUGGGAAGCCACGACAGAUUCGAGAACGAUUUACAGAUAUUUGGAAAACUGACCAACUCCAAUGUCAUGACUCCUCUGGCCUAUGUUACAACUGCUGACAGUGCUUAUCUGCUCUAUGAGUUUGCUCCAAAAGGCACCCUUUUUUAUGCUCUUCAUUGUAGCUCAGACAAUGCCAUGGAUUGGGCAAGUAGAUACAGUUCUGCAGUUGGAAUAGCUCAGGGUCUUGCUUUUCUUCAUGGAUGCACCUCAGGUCCAAUACUCCUCCUAGACCUGUCAAGCCGAAGCAUUUUUCUCAAGUCACUCAAAGAGCCUCUUAUUGGAGAUGCCGAGCUCUGCAAAGUGAUUGACCCCUCAAAGAGCACUGGAAGCGUUUCUACUGUUGCUGGUUCUGUUGGUUAUAUUCCUCCAGAGUAUGCAUACACUAUGAGGGUAACUGUGGCCGGCAACAUCUACAGCUUUGGGGUAAUUCUGCUUGAAUUGCUGACAGGAAAGCCUGCAGUUAGUGAAGGGAUUGAGUUGGCCAAUUGGGUACUGCGUAACUCAGGGCAGCAUGAUAAGCUUCUUGAUUCUACAAUCAGCAGAACCUCAAGUGCCAUCAGAAGCCAGAUGCUAACUGUACUGAAAGUUGCUCUAGGUUGUGUUACUGCAUCACCAGAAGCAAGGCCAAGAAUGAAGAGCGUUCUUAGGAUGCUUCUGAAUGCAAGAUAAAGUAUCAAGGCACAACUUGAAGUACAUAUAUUAAGUAGUUUUACGUAUACAAAUAAAAUUAAGGGUUUUGUGUGUUCCUCCAGGUAGUAAGUAGUAGGGUGUGAGUGAUUCUUCUGAAGGAUGUAGAAGCUAUAGGAAGUGAUGUAUAUUUAAUAACCUAAAAAACCUAUGUGCUAAAUAUUAAUGAACUCCAUCAAAUGAAAAGCAAAAAACACUGCUACAGAGGUAUUGAUAUA